UUCAUAUUACAUCAGAACAGAUCUGCAGCUUUCAGCAAUGCAGCAUGCUGAAAGAAGUUACCGUCAGAGUCCGCAAAAUUGUCAAGAACUGGAUUUCUGUCUGGUGUGGGCGAAAAUAGACAACGAACCGUGGUGGCCAGGAAUUGUUAUCCCUGGUCAGGUUUGCAGAAAUACAAAAUCUGGGUAUGUCUGGAUAUUUUGGAACUCUGAAAGAAAUGUUUCUCAGGUGGAAGCAUCACAAGCUAUUGAUUUUUGGGAAAAUUUUGUGCGUUUUCAUGAUCCUAGUUUGCUAGAUGAAGGGUACCUUGAAGACAACAUUACCAACAUUAAAGUGUUUAUUCUGAUGGAUUUAUUUCACCUACAGUGUCAUGCUUGGCAAAAGGGCUACAGAAUUCAGUCAUGGAGUAAUGACAGUGUCCUCUCUUGGGCAAGAAAUGGUUUUCCAUCAUUGACACGGCUGGCCAAAGAAACAAGAGAGCUACCCCAGAAUAUUAUGGAAGCUGUUAUUGAUGCAGGAAAGGGUCUUUAUUCUGUACCCACAUGCAGAGAUUAUUUAGCUAAAAGUGAUCCAGAUGAAGGAAAACUUGUGGCUACAAACAUGCCAGAGAAGCCACCUUGGAGUGAUUUCCAGAGGCGCAAUGCAGAAAGAUACAAGCAGGGUGAAAACAUUUGUGUUGCCUGCAUGCGACCACCGGAAAAUUCUGAUGAACAUCCAUUGUUUGAUGCAGUGAUUUGUACUGAAUGUAAGGAAAGGGCCAAGAAAUAUAUGUUCACUACAGAGGAGAAUAAACUGGUUGCAUGUGCCAUCUGUUUCUGGAAGAGUGAUGUUAACUGUAUAAGUAAUUCCUGUCUCUGGACCUUUUGUACAGAGUGCUGUUCCACAUUCACUAUAAGCAGAGCCAGCAGAAGUUGCAUACGUUGUCUUGAUCAAGGCAGUAAUCUUAUACUGGGAGAAAGUGAAAAUAGAUUAAACAAGGUUUUGCAUAUGUUUUCUCCAUCUGUGAUAGACACAUUGUGUAUACCAACUCAGACAAUAUACUGCAAGAAACAGCUUAGAGUGCUGUCACUCUUUGAUGGCAUUGGUACAGGUUUAUUUGUACUAAAGGAGGAAUUAUUGCUCCCAGUAACAAAAUAUUUUGCAAGUGAAAUAGAUCAUCAUGCCAAGAAGAUAACUGACAACAAUUUCCCUGGUCAAGUUACACAUCUGGGUGAUGUCAGACACAUAACUGAAGACUGCAUAAGCAAAAUUUUGGCAGAUGGUCCUAUUGAUCUUCUAAUUGGAGGGUCACCAUGCAAUGAUUUGAGUUUAGUAAAUCAUUUACGAAAAGGACUGUACGAUAUGCAGGGCUCUGGACACUUGUUUUUUCACUUCCAGAAUAUACUGCUAAAGAUACGCCUUCUGCAACGCAAUCAUGUGUUGUUCUACUUCUAUGAAAAUGUUGCAAAUCUUACAAAAGAGACCAAGAAUGCAAUUAGUGUAUUUUUGGGACAUAACCCAACUAUCAUGGAUGCCACACAUUUCUCCGCACAAGAUCGUCGACGUAAUUUCUGGGGUAAUAUUCCUGGAAUGCAUACAACAAUACAAUUAAAAGAAGAUCAUAAACUUCAGGAUUAUAUCUGUGGAAACCCAUUUGCAAGUAUGCAAAAAUUAAAGACGCUGACGAAAUCAUCUGAAAUUACUGUGGAUGCUUUUGGAAACUUCAUAAUUGAUGGGCAUGGAAAACCUGAGAGUUUGCCAACAGAAACAUUAGAAAAACUGUUUGGAUUUAAUGCAGGCUAUACAAAUCAUGAAGAAGUUAGCACCCACAUGCGAAGAUGUCUCCUUUCUAGUGCAUGGAGUGUAGCUGUGGUUUCACGGCUAUUCCAAGGUCUCAAAUUAUUCUUCCAUUCAGGAAAUAAUAUGCAGCAAGAGAAGAAUAAUUGUUGAAACUGGUUAUUAAUAAGACACCACUGAAGUUUUUGUUAAAAUAUGAGGGUAAAAUACAUUGGUAGAUAACACAAUGGCAAGACC